AUGACAAGCAACAAUCCCAGGGCUGGCUGGGAGAUAGUUGGCGACCAGUUCUACCGAAAGGUGCCAUUGUACGAGUCAAUUUUUGACCAGGAUCUCGAACUUGAGAACUACCUCGUAGCAGGUGCACCGUAUGGUGGCGCGCUAGCGCUAUGGCGAGACACGACCAAGAUUGCACGGUAUCGAACCGGUCAAUCAACCAAGCCGACCAUCGACAUUUAUUCCUCGUCCGGCAAGCUCAUCAGCAACAUCAACUGGGAGAAAGGCGUAAUCAAAGGCCUCGGAUGGUCGGACGAUGAGAAGCUCUUGGUCGUAACCGAGGAUGGCACUGUCCACUGCUACUUCGAGCUUCAUGGCGACUUUCAACCCUUUUCGCUCGGACACGGUGCAGAGGAAUUUGGUGUCGUCUCUUGCCGCUUUUGGUCGCACGGAUUCGUCGCUCUGCUUUCCAACAACUCGUUGGUAGCUGUCUCAUCGUUUGACGAACCCAGACCAAGACUGCUUGCUCAAGCACCGGAGGGAGAAGUGCACUCCUGGUCCCUCAUUCCACCGGCAUACACCCUGUCUCGGUCUGUCGAGGUACUACUCGCAAUAGAUAAGACAGUUUAUGUCGUGGAUGUCACCGAAGCCGAAGAUCGAGGACUAUCAGACGGCCCGUUCAAGCAUGUCAGCGUCUCUCCUAACGGGCGAUUUGCAGCAUUGUUCACCGAGGACGGCAAAGUUUGGGUCGUCGGCAGUGACUUUCAAAACAAGUACAGCGAAUACGACUCAAAAGCGAAGACUACGCCAAAGCAGAUAUAUUGGUGUGGAAACGAUUCAGUCAUCCUGGCUUGGGAAGACGAGAUCCACAUGGUUGGUCCUAAUGGUGCUGCCGUCAAAUACUACUACGAUGACCAGGUUCAUGUCGUUCCCGAUAUUGACGGUGUCCGAUUGAUUACGAACGAGGCGUGUGAGUUCUUGCACAAGGUGCCCGAUCCCCUAGAAGAAGUGUUCAAGCUGGGUUCGACAUCGGCGGCCGCGGUACUUCUUGAUUCAAUCGAGCUGCUGGAGAAAAAGUCGCCCAAAGCCGACGAGAACAUCCAGCGGAUCAAACCGAAUCUGCCAGAUGCUGUCGAAACAUGCAUCCGGGCUGCGGGUCACGAGUUCAACCACAGUCUUCAGAAACAGCUGCUGCGUGCCGCUUCGUUUGGCAAGUCAGUGCUCGACCUGUACAGCAGCGACGAGUUCGUCGACAUGUGCGAGGAUCUGAGAGUGUUGAAUGCCGUUCGAGACUACCGCAUCGGCCUCUACAUGACCUAUGAACAAUACGUCAGACUGACGCCGGAACGGUUGAUAGCACGGCUGGUCCAUCGACGAGAGUACCUCCUUGCGAUCAAGUUGUCGGAGUUCCUGCAUCUUCCUCCUAGCAAGAUCUAUGUGCAUUGGGCUAGCCAGAAAGUCCGAGGGUCACCUGCAGAUGACGAUGCUGUUCGAGAGAUUGUAGUGGAGCGAUUGCGUGGCAAACAUGGAAUCUCCUUUGAAGCCAUUGCACGGGCGGCCUACGACGAAGGACGAAGUCAUCUUGCAACGACAUUGUUAAAUCAUGAACCUAGAGCGGGGAAACAGGUUCCUUUACUACUCAACAUGGAAGAGGACGAAAUCGCACUCAAUAAAGCAAUUGAGUCUGGGGACACCGACUUGGUAUUCUUCGUGUUGCUGGAAUUGAAAAAGAAACUGCCGCUCGCAACUUUCCUCCGCACCAUCAGCGACAAGCCCGUGGCGUCAGCACUCGUGGAGAGUUCAGCAAGAGCGUCCGACAAAGAACUGCUCAAGGACUUGUACUAUCAGGAUGACCGGCCCGUCGAGGGUUGUAAUUUGUUGCUGGAAGAAGCCAUGCAACAACCGCAGGUUCAGGCGGUGAUCGACAAGCUCAAGCUGGCUGGCAGAUUGCUCACUGAUGCAAAGGAUCCCACGGCUCAGUUCCACGCUAAAUCGCUGACAGAGGCCGCACAGCUUCUCAAGAUGCAGGAAGCCUUCGACAAGGACAUCAACGACGGCAGCGGAAGCUACGUGGGAUUGAGCAUCAACGAGACCAUGUUCCGCCUGAUCCAAUCGGGAUACAGCAAGCGAGCGACCAAAGUCCAGGGCGACUUCCGGGUGCCGGAGAAGACAUGGUGGUGGAUUCGACUUCGGGCAUUGACUGCAGCCCGUCUCUGGGGCGAGGUCGAGGAAAUUGCUAAGAGCAAGAAGUCACCGAUCGGGUGGGAGCCCUUUUAUAACGAAGUCCUCGGAGCAGGCAAUACUCGCCUUGCCUCAUCAUUCAUUCCAAAAUGUACCAACCUCCAGCCUUCGGAGAGGAUUGAGAUGUGGGUCAAGUGUGGCAUGGUCGUGAAGGCCGGGGAGGAGGCCGUAAAGGCCAAGGAUGUGAAUGCGCUCGAGUUGCUCCGGGACAAGGCCAGCGGCCAGCAAUUGGUCGAAAUUGAACGGAUGCUCACGCAUCUGCGGCCCAAGAAAUAA